UGGAGUCAUCUCUCUUGAGUCUCAGUUGCCAUUCAUAAUUCCUAGAGAGACUGCUAUGAUACAUCCAUGAACAAGAAGAACAAUCAAACAAUCAGAAAUCAAAGGGACUCACCAUCAUUUUCAAUGACACUUUCAUUUUCAGUAGUUCUAUAUUUCGUAUGGAAAGCAAGAAAUGCAGUUUUAUGGGAUGCUUGUUUACCACUGCUAAAAAAGACGUGGUCGAUGGCGUGCUCAUCUUUACUCGCAUGGAGGCAGGUACACGUUCGGCAGGCAUCAUCUUCUGCAACUCCUGCCGCUCAUCAUGUUAUUGCCCAGCCGAGCUGCUUCUUCGAUGCAGGAUAUUGUCCAGCUACCGGGGACGCGACGUAUGGCGCGGUCUUGCUGGCGGCUUCACGUCGGCGUGCAGUGGACGUCUAGCAGGCGGUCUCUCGCCUCUUAUGGCUGAGUCCAUGGCUUGCAAGGAGGUCCUCUCGUGGCUCAAGGACUGACCGGGGUUCUUUAUCUGUUAGUCUCUUCACCGAUUGCUCAGAGUUCGCAUUAGUUUGUCCACUUGUCAAGAUUCCAUCUACUCAUAUGUUGGUUUGGUUAUUGAUUAGUGUAGAAUCAUUAUGACUAUUUAAUUAUUGCUCUAUUAGUUUAGUGCCUAGAUCGUCUAAUUUACAUUCUCAGACUCUAGUUUCAACCACCUUCUCA